GUUCGGUUCAGUGCUGCUGGUUGGACGGUAGGAGAGUUGCCUCAGUGAACAAGUUUGAUCCCAAGAAGACUAACCCAAAUGGAGGAUUACUUGAAGAUAGAAAAAAUUGGAGAAGGUACGUAUGGUGUGGUGUAUAAAGGCAAGCACAAGUCCACAGGCCAGGUGGUAGCCAUGAAAAAGAUCCGCCUGGAGAGUGAGGAGGAGGGCGUUCCCAGCACUGCUGUGAGAGAGAUCUCACUGCUUAAGGAGCUGCAGCAUCCCAACGUUGUGUGCCUUCUGGAUGUUCUGAUGCAAGAGUCCAGACUUUACCUCAUCUUUGAGUACCUGUCCAUGGACUUAAAGAAAUAUCUGGAUUCCAUACCAUCUGGACAGUAUAUGGAGCCCAUGCUGGUGAAGAGUUACCUGUAUCAGAUUUUGGAGGGAAUCCUCUUCUGCCACUGCCGCAGAGUCCUUCACAGAGAUCUGAAGCCACAGAAUCUGCUGAUAGACAAUAAAGGCGUGAUCAAGUUGGCUGACUUUGGGUUGGCCAGAGCUUUUGGGGUCCCAGUGCGUGUUUACACUCAUGAGGUGGUGACCCUGUGGUACAGGGCACCUGAAGUGCUGCUUGGAGCUUCCCGCUACUCCACACCGGUGGACAUCUGGAGUAUCGGGACCAUCUUUGCCGAGUUGGCCACAAAGAAGCCUCUGUUUCACGGAGACUCUGAAAUUGAUCAACUGUUCAGGAUUUUCAGGACACUUGGAACUCCUAACAACGAUGUGUGGCCAGAUGUGGAGUCACUUCCGGAUUAUAAGAACACAUUUCCUAAGUGGAAGUCCUGCAAUCUUUCUUCUGUUGUGAAGAAUCUGGAUGAUGACGGAAUAAAUUUGCUUUCGAAAAUGCUGAUAUAUGACCCUCCUAAGAGAAUCUCUGCCAGACAGGCCAUGAGUCACCCUUACUUUGAUGACCUUGACAAAAGCACUCUUCCUGCCAGCACAAUCAAGUACUAAAUAUGAGUGGGGAAAAAAUAAUUUUCCACUUUUUCAGUUAUGGUUUUUCCUUGUUUGUUUGUUAUAUUCAUGUUUUGUUUUUUUUUUUUUUUUGUUAUCCACUAAAUUAACAACUCAGGUUGGAGGCCUUCUGUAAAUAGCCCUGUUUUAGAGCUGUGUUCAUAUGCUAUUUGGGUUCUCUGACAUGCAGUUUUGUGUAUAUUUGUUUGUGAAUUGUUUCAUUAAAGUGCACUUUUAAACCCAAA